CUAACGUCAUGGUGAAGAGAAUUUGCCAUGUCUGAAAACUCCGCUGAAACAAACGAUGAAGAUGCCAAAGCGGGGCCAGAUUCCCCACACGCGGCCCCGCUAGCUCACAGAGUUGUGAGUGCAGGAAUUGUGAAGGCACCGACUGUGAUAUGCAUGGUAGGACUGCCAGCGCGCGGGAAAACUUACAUAUCCAAGAAACUUGCCAGAUACCUUAACUGGGUUGGCAUUUGUACCAAAGUUUUCAAUGUUGGUGUAUAUCGGAGACAGGUGACUGAUAAGUACAAGAUUCAUGAAUUCUUCAGGCAAGAUAACACUGAGGCCAUGACGCUGAGGAAGCAAUGUGCCAUAAUGGCUCUGGAGGACAUGUCCAAGUGGUUGGACUCUGAGGGUGAAGUGGGCGUAUUUGAUGCCACUAAUACAACACGCGAGCGAAGGACGCUCAUUCAGAACUUCUGUGUGAGAGACCGAGGCUACCGGGUCCUCUUUGUCGAGUCGGUGUGUGAUGACCUCGACAUCAUUGAAGAAAAUAUACUCGAAGUGAAAGUGACCAGUCCAGAUUAUGAAGGCGUCAACAAGGAUUCAGCAGUGCAGGACUUCAUGAAGAGAAUCAAACAUUACGAAGAAAGCUACGAACCGAUCGAUGAGAAGAAGGAUAAGAAUUUAACAUUCAUCAAAAUUUACAACCAAGGCGACAAAUAUCUAGUGAAUAAAGUCCAAGGCCAUAUACAGACCAAGGUUGUCUACUACCUGAUGAACAUUCAUGUCCGGCCUCGCACCAUUUAUCUGACGCGGCAUGGUGAGAGUGAACUGAACUUGGUGGGCCGCAUCGGUGGUGACCCCGACUUAUCCCAGCAAGGGGAGAAGUAUGCUGAAGCUCUCAAGGAGUAUGUGACGUCGGAGAAGAUCCAGAAUCUCCACGUGUGGACGAGUCACUUGAAGCGGACAAUACAAACAGCACAUCGCAUGCACUGCCCGAAGGAGCACUGGAAAGCUCUCAAUGAGAUUGAUGCGGGUGUGUGUGAAGAGAUGACCUAUGAAGAAAUCCAAGCCAAAUUCCCCAACGAUUUUGCCAGAAGAGAUCAGGACAAGUUUCACUAUCGCUACCCGAGUGGCGAGUCAUACCAAGACCUCGUGGCCAGAUUGGAGCCUGUCAUAAUGGAGCUCGAGAGACAAAACAAUGUGAUGGUCAUCUGUCAUCAAGCGGUAGCCAGGUGUUUAUUAGCCUACUUUCUUGAUAAAUCUUCCGAGGAGCUGCCAUAUCUUCGUGUUCCCCUCCACACUGUGAUCAAACUGACCCCCGCCGCGUACGGCUGCAAGAUGGAGCAGAUUACUCUCGACGUCAGGGCUGUCGACACUCAUCGAGAGAAACCUGUGGGCACACCUAAGAUUCAGAGAAGAAAAAAACAAAAUGCUGUUCCAUUCUCAACGUAGCGUCCCUUGGCGGCCGUGGUUAAACCAUGUAGCGCCACCUGUCCCAUAGAGAACUCUCUACAAGAGUGUGUGAUGGCUUGUGUGAACUCUCCCUAUUCAUGACAUAGCGAUUGGGAAUCAUCCACAACCAGUGGUCUUUGUCACUGUAUUGAUUGAGUCUUUUUCACUCGAGUCUGUCACUGUAUCAAUGCAAUAUUUUAUUGACCAAUGCCUUAUGGGAAGAGGGUUAAUUCAGUACUAGAGAAUAAACCUCAGGUUUCUUGAUUAGGCUUGGGAGUUCCUGGAUUAGGCUUGGGAGUUCCUGGAUUAGGUUUGGGAGUUCCUGGAUUAGGUUUGGGAGUGGAUGUAAAGCACUUUGAGACAGUUGUACAGUAUAAAAGCACUUUGUAUAUAUGAACUAAUCAUUUAACACUAGAUACCAACAGUUAGGAGAUAAAGAUAUUGCUUGGUGCUAUACUGAUCUAGUGAUGAAUAUAUCAAACUAAAACCAUUGUAGCCAAUUUAAUAUUGAAAUGGUUGGAAUUCAUCCUCUUCCAUCUUAGAGCUGUUUGGAUUUAACUAGCAAAAUGAGCUAGUCUGAUGAACAUUUUGACUACUUGACUUAUUACGUGCUUCAGACGUCUUGUUAUCCAUGACUGUUACAGAAUUUUGAUAUCCGAUUUUGUAAAAUUCUUGCCAAAAUCAGAAACCAUAGGAAAUUUUGGAUUUGAACCUCGGUGGAGUGCUAACAGGUGUGAUGUGGGUGGUUAUUUAUACGGUGCUUGUAUUAGAUGUCAAUUUGGUGCCUUGAAUAGGUGCUGUUGGGACGUAUUGAAGAGGAUCAGAUCCACCUCAGGUUGUCACUGGUUCACCUGGGCCCACUGCAGAACUUAGCGGGGCGUUAUUUUAAUCUAAUUUGGGAGGCGAUCAGUAGUAUUUUGUUUUAUUUGAGCUUUAUAGUUAUUGAGUGUUACAGAGUCAUGUUUUUUUAUUUGUAAAUUUUGUUGAUAUUCAAUUGAGUGAUUAUAAUGUGUGAUAGAUAUCGGUAUCAAAGAAAUCACAAUAAUUUACAAUUGUUUCAAAGUGAAGAAGUCUGCAUGCAAAACCUUGACGAUGACCUGAGCCAUUGAUAUGCGAAAAAUAGCCAGGUGCAGUAUAUACAAGAUUCAAGAUUCAUGGAAAUGUUAUAGAAAUGAAGGCAUUUGUGACUUGUGUAUCGCCAAUGAAAACUGUAUACACUAUGUACAUACAUUGUCUGUUACAGCAUAAAUGAAUGCUUGGUGAUGGUGUGUGUGGUAAGCUGUAUCCAGCAGUGGCUUGCCAUGUGUAUUGUCAAAAACACAUUCAUUGAAGUAAUGCGUUUGGCUAAGUGCACUCAUCAUCGUAGAUGUUAUUAGACUCCAUGGCUUCAUGGCUGGUGGACCAAGACCUAGAAGCAGAGAGAAAAUGAUCAUUAUUUGUAUAUUUAUACAUUACGUGUCUGUAAAUACUAUUCAGGUUCUAGCAAUGGCUAAAUGGAAUGGACAUCAGUGCAGUUUUCAGGUUUUCUUUAUUAAAGAUUUAGAAAUAUUUUUCAUAAGUUUUCCACCGAGUAGGAACUGUUUUUCAUUCCAUACACCUGAUUGACCAGCGUCUCCAUAUCACAUGAUGUCAGAUGCGUGUGUCCAUUCCAAGAUUAUCUUCAUGUCCUUCUCAGCAGCUUGCCUCAUAGGCAGGGUAAUAGCUUCUUGUGUGCUGUUGAUUCAAGGCUUGGCAAUGACUGAUAGUGCAUGAAUAGAUUUCAGGGCAGAUUCCCACUUUUCUUUGUUAGAGUUUGCAGUGUUACUGUAGAAACCCUUUGGCUUUUGCAAUCGUAACUCGUGCCAGAUACUAUAGACUGGUGAGCUUGUUGGUCAUCUAACUCGUGCCAGAUACUAUAGACUGGUGAGCUUGUUGUCAUCUAACUCGUGCCAGAUACUAUAGACUGGUGAGCUUGUUGUCAUCUAACUCGUGCCAGAUACUAUAGACUGGUGAGCUUGUUGUCAUCUAACUCGUGCCAGAUACUAUAGACUGGUGAGCUUGUUGUCAUCUAACUCGUGCCAGAUACUAUAGACUGGUGAGCUUGUUGUCAUCUAACUCGUACCAGAUACUAUAGACUGGUGAGCUUGUUGUCAUCUAACUCGUGCCAGAUACUAUAGACUGGUGAGCUUGUUGUCAUCUAACUCGUGCCAGAUACUAUAGACUGGUGAGCUUGUUGUCAUCUAACUCGUGCCAGAUACUAUAGACUGGUGAGCUUGUUGGUCAUCUAACUCGUGCCAGAUACUAUAGACUGGUGAGCUUGUUGUCAUCUAACUCGUGCCAGAUAUUAUAGACUGGUGAGCUUGUUGUCAUCUUACUCGUGCCAUAUACUAUAGACUGGUGAGCUUGUUGUCAUCUAACUCGUGCCAGAUACUAUAGACUGGUGAGCUUGUUGUCAUCUAACUCGUGCCAGAUACUAUAGACUGGUGAGCUUGUUGUCAUCUAACUUUGGAUGUGCUCGGAUGCAUGUGUCAUAUCUUCUUGUGAUUCUGGGCUCUUUGCCUCAUGUAACAGGGUAAUAGUUUCUCGCGUGCCUUCUCUCUAAACGGUUGUGAAAGCUAAGCAAUUAUCACUUGUCCAUCUAAAUGUCUUGAUAUUUGUUGGAAGUUUUCAUGCUUGAAACAUAUUUUGAAAUAUUUCAGCUGUUGAUGUUAAAGAAUAUUUAGAUGUUACACUUGGUUUGUUAAUGAUGCUGAAUAAGAAGGAAUUUUAAGGUACAACCGGGCAUGGUGAGCUGUCUCUAAGACUCAAGUCCCAUUUUGGAAGCAACUUGUUAUGUUAUGGGUUGUGCUCUAUAUGACUGAGCCUUUGUAAAUAUUGGGAGGUGGCCUGGCUUUGUUAAAGUGAUUAUCAGUAGGCUUAUGUUCGAUGUGUGACUGAAUCUCAGAUGGGUGCUGACAGGAUUGGCUUUCAAACUAAAAUACAUGUCAUGAGCUUCAACUAACCAUCUUUCUAAGAUACAACCUUCCCACAACCAGUAUCAAGAAAAAUGUACAUGUUUGAAUUUGAAAUUAUUAUCCAAGCAGAGUUUUAUGGAAGUCAAGUUUAAGUUGUAGAUAUAGUAUGUUUGGUUUACAAACAUCGCUGCAUUUUUCCAGGUUUUGACCUCAGAUAUUUGCUUUUAUCAUCGCUAUGUGUGCUGUGUUAUUAAAUCCAUCAUAUUGCAACAUAAAGUGUUGUUUUGUUUCUUGUUGUGAAGUCUUGUCUUCCUCGGUGCAUCUGGUGGUCUUGUGGUGAGGUAGAGACGGUGCAUCUGGUGGUCUUGUGGUGAGGUAGAGACGGUGCAUCUGGUGGUCUUGUGGUGAGGUAGAGACGGUGCAUCUGGUGGUCUUGUGGUGAGGUAGAGACGGUGCAUCUGGUGGUCUUGUGGUGAGGUAGAGAGUUCUGAAACCAAAGAGAGCCCUCCUGUGGCCAGGUCAGAUUCACUGAUGAAAUGUUGGUACAAUUUUACAGUGGUCAACUUGCUGUGACUCUUCAGAUUCAUGUGAAUACCACUUCAGUAUGAGACAUUCUGCGACGUUAUUCAGUUGGCUUUCUACCACAUCAUUUGUGGCAAUGAUGUAAUGCCUUGCAUUGUCUCGUGUGGUAGAACAUCACAGUUUCAGACUGACAUUUCGUUUGACCAUAGCAUGCGUCCUCGCACGUCGGACCAACAUUUCAGAUUACCAUAGUAAAGUGGUUAGGAGGAUGUAUAAACAUUUGUGGAGACUUCUCCUCCGACUCCCCAAGAAAACGCGCUUAGCACUUGCCACUUGAGAUUCCCUACAAAUAGCUUUGCUUGCUGCCAGCUAACAUGGGUCGUAUCUCUCU